AAGAUGGCCUCUGGUGUACUGCCGACCAGACAUCGGAGAGAUGAAUCAAUCAAACGCCAGAAAUCAAAGUCAGACCGGGACAUUUUAUUACAGAUGGGAUUUUCAAAACAACGAGCGGAAAAGGCAAUAGCAUCUACAGGAGAUCGUGGAGUACAACUGGCAUCCGACUGGCUCCUGUCACAUGUGAACGACCCACACCUGGAUGAGAACAAAGGCCGCGAAUACAUCCUCUAUCUUGUCCCUCAGGGAGCACUGCAGAAACAGAUUGUAGAAUUUGCUGAGAAGUCCCUCAACAGCUGUGGAUGGAAUGGAUCUCAUGCAUACUUCCCACAUAUCACACUCUGUCCAUUCUUCACUGUUGAGGAUUGUAAAGUACAUGAGGUCACCUCUGCUGUUCAGAAGUUACAGACCAAACUACGCCAGGCACCAGACAGAAUGAAGCUGGACUUUUUCAGUCAAGUGAAUUUCAUUGGACUGUUUGUACAGGAAGAUUUCUAUAGGUUCCUGUCAGAUGUUACCAAUCAAGUUGGAGAUGAACUUAACAAAUCAGGAGUAAAGUUUGAACCACACAAGAAACAGCUUCAUAUGACUCUGGCCUACCAGUACCAAGUCGACCAGCAUGAUAAACUGCUCACUAUGGCCAAGGAAAUCAAUCUUGAUGCUGAUGUACGCUGGGACUUCCGACUUUACUCCCGUGAUAUCACUAGGGCACACUGUGAGGUGCGUAAGGUUUUGAAAGCGUACACCACACAGCAUGGAGACGAGUUGGAGUUAAUUGAUGGGGACUUUGUGUAUGUGGAGCCCUCAGAGAUCCAGGAGAGUAAGGAUGGCUGGUAUAAAGGAAUAUCAUGGCUAACUGGAAACUCUGGAUACUUCCCGGGAACCUACACACAGAGGACCGCCGACACCCGUACCUGGACGUUACACAGGUCUUUACCUAUGGAGGCUAUGGUAGAGCUCCAUCAGGGGGCCACACCCAUCAAUCCAAAAGGAGUACCACCCCUCAUUACCCAGGAUGCUACACCUCUCGUCUCUUUGGGAGCCACACCAACUUACCCUAAAGGUGCAAACCCCUCUAUCCCUCAUGGGACCACACCUCUUAUCCCUCAGGGAGCCACGCCCAUCAUUCUUCAAAGUAAUGGGUUUACCUUGGAGGUCCUGGAUGAUACCUACGACAAUCUGUGGCAUGACAAUAAAGGAUACGCACAGGUGAAGAAGAGAUCCCCAUUAUCAGAACCAGACCGCUGUGAACCACGCAAACUGUUUGUAGUGAGACACGGCGAGCGGGUAGAUUUUACUGUGGGAAAGGACUGGUUUGACAUGUGUUUUGAUGAGGAAGGUAACUACAAAAGGAACAAUUUGAAUUUACUCAGGGAACUGCCAAAAAGGAAAACACACCUGGAAUAUAUCAAAGACCCACCCCUCACUGUCAUAGGUCACUAUCAAGCUAAACUUACAGCGGAGAACCUGCUGGAGAGCGGAGUGACAGUGUUCUGUAUAUAUUGUUCCCCCUCCCUGCGAUGUGUACAAACUGCCACAGAGAUCUUCAAAGUGUUUAAUUUACCAUGGAAGUUGAGAAUCGAGCCGGGCCUGUACGAGUGGACAGGGUACCAGGCAGGUGUCCCGCGGUGGAUGUCACCCUCCGAACUCUUGCAGCAUGGCUACCCUGUGGAUACAACCUAUGUGCCACAAUACCCCAGAGAGAAACUCCAGGAAGAUGAACCAGUGGAGGUGUUAUAUGCCCGGUCGACCGAGACUUCCAAACAGAUCCUCAAAAACCACGAACUAGAAGGUGGGAAUCUGUUAUUUGUUGGACAUGCGGGAACGCUGGAACUGAGUACAAGACUGUUAGUGGGAAGAGGAGCUCGAAACCUAAAUGACUAUAAACAGAUCCUGCCUAAAGUGCCAUACUGCUGUCUUUGUGCCAUCGAGGAAGAUCCAGCAAGAAAGAAGUGGACAUUUAUAGAGCCGCCAGCUUUACCCCUGACACACAGCCGUAACUACAGCCAGAAGAUUAUAACAUUGCGGCAGUAGGUUUUACUGUAUAACAGGUCUACCCCUGACACACAGCCCUAACUACAGCCAGAAGAUUAUAACAUUGCUACAGUAGGUUUCACUGUAUAACAGCUCUACCCCUGACACACAGCCAUAACUACAGCCAGAAGAUUAUAACAUUGCUACAGUAGGUUUUUCUGUAUAACAGGUCUCCCCCUGACACACAGCCGUAACUACAGCCAGAGGAUUAUAACAUUGCUACAGUAGGUUUUACUGUAUAACAGGUUUACCCCUGACACACAGCCCUAACUACAGCCAGAGGAUUAUAACAUUGCGGCAGUAGGUUUUACUGUAUAACAGGGCUACCCCUGACACACAGCCGUAACUACAGCCAGAAAAUUAUAUCAUUGCGGCAGUAGGUUUUACUGUAUAACAGGUCUACCCCUGACACACAGCCGUAACUACAGCCAGAAAAUUAUAUCAUUGCGGCAGUAGGUUUUACUGUAUAACAGGUCUACCCCUGACACACAGCCGUAACUACAGCCAGAAAAUUAUAUCAUUGCGGCAGUAGGUUUUACUGUAUAACAGGUCUACCCCUGACACACAGCCGUAACUACAGCCAGAGGAUUAUAACAUUGCGGCAGUAGGUUUUACUGUAUAACAGGGCUACCCCUGACACACAGCCGUAACUACAGCCAGAAGAUUAUAUCAUUGCGGCAGUAGGUUUUACUGUAUAACAGGUCUACCCCUGACACACAGCCGUAACUACAGCCAGAGGAUUAUAACAUUGCUACAGUAGGUUUUACUGUAUAACAGCUCUCCCCCUGACACACAGCCGUAACUACAGCCAGAAGAUUAUAUCAUUGCGGCAGUAGGUUUUACUGUAUAACAGGUCUACCCCUGACACACAGCCCUAACUACAGCCAGAGGAUUAUAACAUUGCGGCAGUAGGUUUUACUGUAUAACAGGGCUACCCCUGACACACAGCCGUAACUACAGCCAGAGGAUUAUAACAUUGCGGCAGUAGGUUUUACUGUAUAACAGCUCUCCCCCUGACACACAGCCGUAACUACAGCCAGAAGAUUAUAAAAUUGCUGCAGUAGGUUUUACUGUAUAAAAGCUCUACCCCUGACACACAGCCGUAACUACAGCCAGAAGAUUAUAAAAUUGCUGCAGUAGGUUUUACUGUAUAACAGCUCUACCCCUGACACACAGCCGUAACUACAGCCAGAAGAUUAUAUCAUUGCGGCAGUAGGUUUUACUGUAUAACAGGUCUACAUCUACUGACUCAGUCUGUACCACACAAACAGUCUGUAUUUAGUAGCAAUAAAGGGAUUAAAAUCAUUAUAUACUAGGAAAUUUUCACCAAAUAAAACCUGUACGCUUCACAUAAAUAUCCAUACCUGGUAUUUACUCUGUGUGAAUUACAGCUUUCACAUGUAAUGACUAUACAUGUAUAUGGUAUGCUGUGAACAAAUAUUUACUGUCAUCAUAACAAAGGUGUAAAGGACAUUUCCCUGGUAUACAGUAGUACUGAUCCUGUAUACAGUAGUACUGAUCCCAUAUACAGUAGUACUGAUCCCGUAUACAGUAGUACUGAUCAAGUGUACAGUAGUACUGAUACAGUAAACAGUAGUACUGAUCCUGCGUACAGUAGGACUGAUCCCGUAUACAGCAGUACUGAUCCCGUAUACAGUAGUACUGAUCCAGUAUACAGUAGUACUGAUCCCGUAUACAGUAGUACUGAUCCCGUAUACAGUAGUACUAAUCGUGUAUACAGUAGUACUGACCCCAUAUACAGUAGUACUGAUCGUGUAUACAGUAGUACUGAUCGUGUAUAAACUAGUACUGAUC